UUGAAGCGUGAAAGAGACAGACUGAUCACGAGCGAGCUUGGGCACAAGCGUAUUGUGUUUUGUUUACAAACAAAACACAGUAGACUUCCAAUAUGGCUGAAGAGUGGUUUUAGCAAGUUGGCCCACCUUAGGAUAUACUUCUACGCGCCUUGAUGUAAACAAGCGGUGAAAAAAGAGGCACUUUUCGACGAGAGAUUUGUAUGAAGUUCCACUGCCAUAAUUUUGAUGUUUUCAAAAAGGUGGUUUAAAAAAUCAGUUAUUGCCUAAAAUGACUCUGUUCAAGUUCAAUAAUUUCCCUGAAGUGUGCCGGCUUUGUAUGAGUUCGGAUUCUUAUGAAACAAUGAUUCCUAUAGGUACUGAAGACCCCGUCUUCGAAGGUAGUAUUUACGAUUUUAUUACCGCUAUUACUUUCGUCAUAUCAGAUAAAAAAGCCCAUGCGUUUCCCCAGAUGGUAUGCAGUGAGUGCCUGGAACUAUUGAAAUUUUUUGCUAAAUACCGGAACAAAAUAAUGACGUUACACCUGCUGAUGAAUUCGAUAGUGGAACUAAAACGUUCCAAUCCAGCGCCGAUCGUGGAUUUGUUUGAAAGCAGGAAAGAUAUGUUGAGAGCUCUGUUCAAAGAUCUUGAUUUAUGUAGCAAAAAAGAUGUUUUGGCUCAAGAUUUGAUAGAUGAAUUUUCAUCGUACGUUAUGUCUGAUGUUCCGGUUAGCAUCAAGGAAGAAGGUGAAGUGAUGGUGAAAAUGGAACCGUACUGUACUUUGCAAGAGACCGAAAACGGAAUAACAGUGGAGCUGGUAGUGGAAGCAAAUCGUCCAGAUAGUAUUGAUGUUCCUCCCGAAGAAAAUAAGAAAGCUGUUGUUGAUAGCACCACAGAACGCAACAUUUCGCCAAAUCCCGCCAAAGUGGUUAGGAGAUAUGGGGGCAGAAAGCUUGCUGAACCUCUUCAUUGUAGCAAGUGCGAGUAUGUAUCAUAUUAUAAGCGUAAUUUCGAGACGCACCAGUUGAAACAUUUGAAGCGGGUGGCCCGACAAUACAAAUGCAAAGAGGUUGGAUGUGAUGCCGUCUUUGAACAACGUAGAGCCUAUAAAAAUCACUGCGAAGCUGGGCACAAAUCAUUUGUUUGCGAGCUUUGUGGGUUGCUCUGCUCGAAUUCAAAUGCACUUCUUGUUCAUAAGGAGCGACAUAUGAAGAAAUAUAGUUAUAUUUGUCGUUACUGCCAGAAAGCAUACAACGCGAAGAGUGAUUUGCGUACUCAUGUUAGGAUUACGCACAAAGCUAAUACAAAAUAUAGCUGCGAAACGUGUGGUCUAGAUUUCAAACGGAAAGAUGUACGAGACGAUCAUCAACGGGCGCAUGGUGAUAUGUUUGAAUAUCCUUGUAAUUUGUGUGCCGGCAAGUUUAAAACUGCUCCAAAACUCAGAAGGCAUCGCAAUAGAGUGCACGGAAAUGUCAAGCAUUCGUGUAGCUACUGCGAGGCUGAGUAUACAAGUCGAGAUAAAUUGCUGGACCAUAUUGAAUACGCUCAUGGGAUUCAAACACAUUUCCUUUGUGAUAUUUGUUUGCAAUUAUUCGAUUCUCAGGAUAAACUUGAUAAACACAAAAACCGUCAUGACAAUCCAAAGGAUUUGGAAUGUGCCAUUUGUUUACGGUUGUUCGAAUCUGAGGAACAGACGCGUGAUCAUUUGUGUAUAACAUACAGGGAUGACUAUAUAUGUUGCGAUCUAGAUUUGCGGCAUCAUUCUCGGUAUAACAGACAUAUGUUUAUCAAACACGGUAUCAAAACCAAUGUGCGCGUGAAGCCGGACCUAGGUCAGUUGUUAGGAUACAUCAGAGCUAAACGAAAACGUGUCGAGAGUUGUCCCAAGUGUGAACAAAUAUUUCCAACUAGAACGAAGAAAAAACAGCAUAUGGACGAAUGUGUUGGAGUGGAAGACAGUUCACAUUUGAAGGGAGUUUGUGAUACCUAAGUAAAUAAAAUAUGUUCUAUUUUGUUAUUAUAUUAAAUAGUUUGUAUCUAUUUACUUCUCA